UGUGUUCCUCCUUACAUCGCUUUGUCUGUCCCAUAUCAUCUUUCAAAUCAGAGUCCUCCUGACUUCACUUCUGCCCUGAUUAGAUUACAGGUUCACGAUUACUGUUAAGCUUUACAGCAAAACCAUUUAAAAGAAGAGCUAGACCUGCCAGAGCUUUAAAAGAAUCUUUCCUGGGAUGUCUUCCAUACCUGGCGACGUAAGAGAGGGACCUUAUGGGAAUUACAUUUGUCAUAUGUUUCAGGGAGGUUCAUGGGCAGAUAGAUCUCCACUUCACGAAGCUGCAUUUCAAGGACGCCUGCUGUCUUUGAAAACAUUGAUAGCACAGGGAUUCAAUGUGAAUAUUAUUACAAUAGACCAUGUUUCUGCCCUUCAUGAAGCAUGUCUGGGUGGCCAUGUUGCCUGUGCGAAAGUAUUGUUGGAACAUGGCGCUCGGGUCAAUGCAGUCACCUUAGAUGGGAUCACACCUCUGUUUAAUGCUUGCUGUAGUGGUAGUGCGGCUUGUGUCAAUAUGUUGCUUGAAUAUGGUGCCAGGCCACAGCUGGAGAAUCACUUUGCUUCACCAAUUCAUGAAUCUGUGAAAAGAGGUCACAGAGAGUGUAUGGAGAUUCUUUUAGCCAGUGAUGUAGAUAUGGACCAAGAACACCCACAGCAUGGAACACCACUUUAUGUGGCCUGUUGGCAUCAGAGGACAGACUGUGUCAAGAAACUUUUGGAAUUAGGAGCUAGUGUUGACUUGGGUAAGCUUCUGGAAACCCCACUUCAUGCCGCAGCUAGAAAAUCUAGUGUGGAAAUUGUCAACUUGUUAACAGACUAUGGGGCCAACUUGAAGUAUAGGAAUUCUGAACACAAAUGUGCUCUUGAUCUUGCUGCACCAAAUAGCUCUGUUGAACAUGCACUGUUGCUCCGAGAAGGCCCUCCUCGACUUGCACAACUGUGCCGACUGUGUAUCCGAAAGUGCUUAGGACGAUCGUGUCUUUAUGUAGUCCACAAACUACACCUUCCUGAACGACUUGAAGAUUUUCUUUUGUUCCGAUAGCUUUAUAGUAGUUAGUGUGUUGUUUUUGUGUGCCUCCAUGGCCCCUCCCACACAGCUGUAUAAAAUCCACAUUGAACUGGAUUAUAUGGCAGCAUGGAGUUAUAUAAUCCAGUUCAAAGCAGAUAUUGUGGAUUAUCUGCCUUAAUAUUCUGGGUUAUAUGGCUGUGUGGAAGAGCCCCAAGACAUUUAUGACUUAUUGUAACCUUAAGGCAGUGGUUCUCAGCCUUGGGUCCUCAGGUGUUUUGGACUUCAACUCCCAAAAAUCCCAGCCAGUUUAGUAGCUGUUAGGGACUGUGGGAGCUCAAGGCCAAAACACCCGAAUGGCCAAAGUUUGGGAACCACUGCCUUAAGGCGAUCCUAAGUCACAAUAAAUUGGAAAUGAUUUGAAGGCACAACACUUUGGACCUGCUGAAGUUUACAAACAAUAUCCCAUGUAAAGUGUGUUAUACUAAUCCAACUGGAAGAUAAGAUGUAUGUUAAUGUGGCCAGAUCUCAAGGAAUGGGCGCAGUUGGCACAACUUUUAACGGCAAAUACACUCCUGACCAAAGCUGAAACCCAGGCAUCCAGAUUCAAAGUUGUGAUCCAAUCCAGGAAAGGUUGAAUCCGUGGGUUUCAGAAUUCCUUUCGUAACUUCCUGUAGUUUGCAAUACCUCAAUUAAUGCAUCAGAUCUACAAUGUCAACAUUUGCUCACUUUAGCUGAUAUAGGCAUUUGGUAAAUCCAUCCUCCUCCUCCUCCUCCUCCUCCUCCUCCUCCUCCUCCUCCUCCUCGCAACCUAUUUAAGCAUAAUUGGAGAUCUAAAAUUCCAUGGUCAAUGUUUCCAUGCGAUGUAAGAAUUUACCAGCUAAUGUGCAUAGUGCCAUUUCUUUUUUGGUCCAUUUAACUGCAGACCAAACUAAGCUAUUUCCUAUAACUGAGGAAACCAUUCAGUGUGACCACCUGGACCUUGCUGUAAAGAGGAAGAAGCAAAUAUGUCAAUGCUGCAGUUACAACAGGCAUGCUGCCUGAAGUAGAAUAAAAUGAGGUUCAUGGGAAAUUGCUCCUGUUAUUUUCUACAAAGAUAAAUGGUUCCAAAUCUGUAACAUCUGGUCCAUUACUGAAUGCAGCUAUUUUCCAGUCUGUGAAAAACUACAUGUUCACGGAAGCUAUCUGUAAUUUCCAGUGCCAUUAAGUCCUAAAUGUAUUUAUGUACUUAUCUGCAUAUAGCAGAAUGCUUUCAGUUUAGACUCACAAUUUGAAAGUUGACCUCCUGGUGGCUUUACGAAUAAUUGUAAAAAGGAUUUGCUAGUCUCUCCACAAAUCUGUUGUUCAUUUUGCCAAAUCAUGUAUCUCUGUCAAUCUCUUAUAUCCAAAUGCACUAGCCUUUGUGUCAUCUGAAUGUGAAACUGGUACUCUAAUAAAUGUACAGAAAUUGCUCUACAGAAAGCACAAUACUGCACUUUUAUUUAUACCUGGCCUAUUUGACAAUAUGAAUAC